UCGGCUGACAUCGACGGAAGCGUGUGCAACGUAACGAGAUCGCACGCUUCAAAACUCGACGCACACAGCCUGCUCACUAGUAUUCGUAGUUUCGUUCCCAAGCACGCGCGCGUGUGUACGCAUCGUUUUCGCUAAUUCGACCAGCCAUUCCCCCAGUGCGUUGGCAGACAAAAGUGUGUUCUGUGGUGUGGACUGUUGUGUUACUUCGAAUCGAGCAACGUCGGCGCUUUUACAUCCCGCUGCAAUUAUAGGGAAUUUCGAUCUCAGAAACCAACGUCGACGACGUGCAUGUGUGUGCUGUGCUGCAUUCAACCUCGCCCCGAGCUAAUAAUCGCUCAUCUCAAUCCAGAAUAGAAGAAAGUGUGUGUGUGUGUGUUGACGUGUGUUGCGGUGUGUGCGGUGGUCUUCAUCCGUAUCAAAACACGUGCUCGCGUAGUGUCCUUGUUUGCGGGUGAUAUCAAGAAUUCGAGGCCGCCUGUCUGGUGCUGCUGCCCCAAUACAAUAGGAGGCCGGCUUUUUCGUGGUGUCGCAGAGAAAGAAGGCAGAAUUGUACGCCAGAAUUGGAACACGUUGGCAUUCCAAGGCAAAAAAGGAAAAAGAAAACCUUACACUACCACCGAGGGCGCGGCCAGUAGUUCCAGUGCCGCCGUCCUCUGCGUGCGCGCGUGUGUCCAUCACGAAACAGUGUGGUGGAAGUGAAAACAAAAAAAAAGGAGUACGCGAAUUUAAGGAGCUCAAACCGGCUCACGGUGACAAAGCGCAAAUCCACACAAUUACUGGAUUUUGGUGCCGAUUAUUUAGUGGAAUGUGCCUGCGUGGUGCUGUGUUGCGGCCGUUCCAAGCAGAGAAAGGCGUGUGAGAAUAAUUGCUGGCGGAAGAGGAGAAGAGUUCGCGCGAAUCAGUAGCAGGUAAAAUUUUCAACAACAAAAAAUACGUGCCUUUUGUUUGCUGCUCUUUGGCUUGGGGUUUGGUUUCUGGUUGUGAGUCGAUUGUGUCGAUUUUCAAACGAAUCGCGUCCAGCGUGUUGUGGCCGUGUACGUGUUUGUGUGUCCCCACUGUCCUGUGCGUGUGCCUGUGAUGUGCAUUUUCGUUGGUGGUCAGAAUCGAUUCGAAAAAUCCGCGCUGCGCCUACUACCAACGUCUUCUACUCUUGCCUCACCAGUCGCGCACCGAUCCCCAUGACGUGUGUGUGUGUUUGGCAGGAAGUAAUGUGUGUAACCAAGAUAGCAGCAGCAUAGCAACAUACCGCCCGUAACAUAGCAACGCGCAACGUGUGCGUAUCUGUAUGUGCCUUGUUGUGUGAUCAAAGCCAGAGAGAGAGAGAGGUGUGUAGUGUGAUGAUCGUGCACUGUCUCUGUGAUUGUUGCAUCACGUUUUAUUGCUGCAAUUGCCAAAUUUCCUUCCAGUUUGCGCAAAAGUGUGUAAAUGUGUUGGAAGUAUUGCGAAAAUUGAAGGCAAUCACAUAAAGGAAAGGUGUGCCUUUUUCCAAAGUUCAGUGAAAAGCAAAAGAGGAUAUCCGAAAGGAAGUCAUCAUCUUUGCGUGAUUGAGCCUGUUGACCCCUUGUAACAAACGUCCAUCCCGACAACCACUAUCACCAUCACCCCCCAACCAGCUCAGUGUGACAAUGUUAGAUGAGCGGCAAGCGUUCUCGUAGCUUCAAGUGUGCCGUACAUCAUCGCGAUCGUGAGGUUUGUUCCGAGAACGAUUUUCAUCUGAUAUUCGAGGAUCCGCCACUAUUCCGCAGAAUGGUGCACGUAAUUGCAAUGGAAGUGCUCCCCGAGGAGCGGGAUCGAAAAUAUUAUGCAGACAAUUAUUCAUGCUGUCCGCCUCCGUUAUUUGUGAUACUAGUUACAUUCGUCGAGCUCGGGUUCUUCGUCUACCACUCACUCACGUUAGGUCCAGCGGAUCCGGCGGGCCCGGUUCCGAUCGAUUCGAUGUUCAUUUACCGACCAGACAAGCGGCAGGAAGUGUGGCGAUUUCUAUUCUACAUGGUUCUGCAUGCAGGUUGGUUCCAUCUAGGGUUCAAUCUAAUCAUACAACUCCUCGUUGGGCUACCAUUGGAGAUGGUACACGGAUCAACGAGGAUAGGUUGUGUUUAUCUGGCGGGAGUACUGGCCGGUUCGUUAGGGACGAGCGUAUUCGACCCGGAAGUGUACCUCGUUGGUGCGAGCGGCGGUGUGUAUGCCCUGCUCGCUGCCCAUUUAGCCAAUGUAAUGCUAAAUUACCGCAAUAUGCAGUAUGGCAUCCUGCGGCUACUAGCGAUAUUCCUAUUUGCGUCCUGUGAUGUAGGUUUCGCCAUCUACUCCCGGUACUCGGUGGAACCGGCCAGUGGGGCACCGUCGGUAUCGUACGUGGCGCAUCUGACGGGGGCCCUGGCCGGGCUCACGAUCGGGCUGCUGGUGCUGAAAAACUUCGAACAGAAGUUGCACGAACAGCUCCUCUGGUGGGUGGCACUCGGGGUGUACGCCGCCUGCACCAUCUUCGCCAUCGUGUUCAACCUGCUCAACACCGUCACCGUCCAGAGGCUAGAGGAGGAAAGUGAAGAGGUAUUCAAACAACAUCUAUUCACCAACUUCGGCUUCUAGUGUGUGUAUGUACAUGUGCGUGUGUGUGGUAGUAUGUGUGUGAGGGAGAUUGUGUGCGCACAGGAGACCCGGGACACCUUGAUCGACCCUAGGACCUCCCAUUCCUUCCAGUAACGGCAGUGCCGUUAGCCACGUAUCCCAUCCGGCACUGUGUAACACUCGAAAAGUGCGUUCUAAACGCCACCUACCGCUCCCACCUGUGCUUCUGAUCGUCGUUAAACGAGCAUAUAUUCUGUCCACGGUCGAUGAAACGGUCUAUCCUCCCGGAUUGUGGAAUGUCCCAUAAUAUACACACGCACACACAUGCACACGUGUACACAGACGCAUAUACAUACUUCAUCGUGCGCCUCUGGUAGGUGAUGAUGGGGUGUAACCUACAGUAACGUCCAAAGAGCCAUCUGUGCGUGUACACUAAGAAGUGAAAGGGUCCUUUGACCGCGCCUCCACUUGCUUGCCUUUGACGAGAACGGGCCAGCACUGACAGGCCGUAGACACGGGUAUAUUACACAUACACACGCGUACAUGUGCGAACAUUGUCUAUCAUGCUGCAUCGGACUGUGCUGCUCCCUUCUUUUUCGACCCUGCGCGCGAAUAACUCAACACCUCAGCGAGAAAGAGAGAAAGAGAGAAAGCAGAAGGAGGGAAGUGCCCAACUAAAUGUGAUUGUACAUAGACUUUAUAUUUUAUUGAUAACCCUACGCCCACGGUACGCGGGAAACGAUGCAGCGCAAAGGAUCGCACCCGUCGUUCUUGCAACUGCAACUCUUGCUGCGUUUGCUUGGGUGUGUAGUAUGUACGUGAACAUUCUGGAGAGCAGAGUGCGUCAAAGGAAGCAAAACUUGCGGUCAGUGAAAAUGAUAGAACAAUUCCUAACUAAUACCAGUAUACCAAAGACUGCGCAGGGAGAAACACGAUGAGGCAAGUAACCCGCAUGCACGCUGGGUUUUGUCUUCGUUUUCCCUGCUUUCGAAUAUCCGAUCGUCGUCGUUCCUUCUUCAAAAUCAGCACCCACGGUCAUCCGCACGCGUGCACGCGCACUUCUUCGUCGCUGUCGCUUCAUCCAUCAAUUGAGCAACAAGACAUAGAAGUAGAGCAGUUAGCUGCACUCCUCCAUCACACGAUACAUCACUCUCGUUAUCAUCAUGUUGAGUUCCUUUUUCACCUUAUUACAUAACUAAAACAAACUGCCAAACGACAAAUGCAAAUGUAGAGAGAUAGACGAGUGGGGUGGUUCGGUUCCACACAGCCAGUUGAGUGGCACCGACUCGUGCGACGCCUUUAGUAGUGAAUUAUUUUUAUGGACUGCAGUGUGCAAACUGCCUGAAGAAAGUAUGAGUACGGUGUAGCGGCUGUAUAGUAUUCAACACAAUCAACAACCGUCCGUGUUUGUCAUGGAAGGAGAGGGGAGUGCUGGAAGGAUAGGGAGCGUAUACACAUCACUGCCGCGCUGAGUAAAACAUUUAGUAGUACCCGCAGCCUUCGUCUUUCUUCAAGUUUGUAUGUAGCCGUAAAGCCAAAUGAAAUAGAAAUUAAAUACCGUUUAGUGCUGCUCUGUUUGAAUGCUGAAAAAAAAAAGUUAGCAAGCAGACACAAAACUCACUCAGGGGUUACUCUGAACUCUUCUUGGACACCUAAAAAAAGACACAACACCUGUAAACCGUACGAUAUAGCAGCCAGAACAAUAAGUAACGAAACUAAAACAAAACAAAAAAACGGCAGUGAUCGAACGAAGUUUUGCGUGUCACGUGAACAUUAUUUAUUAUUUCGAAAUAAAAUUGGCUUUUUUAAAAAAGAAGGUCUAGUGUUAACGACUAGCUAGUGUGCUCUAGUAGUUGCUAGUACAAUAGGAAGCGAAUAAACAAGAAUUACGAGUGAGGAGGGAAGAUUCCGUGUGUGUGUGUCUGUAUGCUGUGGAAAGGAGUUGGACAAUCGAAUGGACGAAAAAGUUAAGGGCUUUCGAAAGGUUAGUGUGUUGCGUUCCGAUCGCGCAGUGUGUGGGUGCGUGUGCUAUUCGACGGAAGAACGAAAGACUAAUCCGCAGAGUGUGACAAAGAUUUAGCGUAGCAGAAAUGGACGAACCAACGAGCGAAGCGAUUGGAAAAUCGACGAACAGAACAUAAAAGAAAACAAGAUAAGAUAAUAUUCUACAAUACGGAAAUCACCAAGUCUAGUCAAAUCUCUACGGAAAUAUUCUAAUUAUUGUAUUGUAUUCUAGUUAUUAUUAUUAUAUUAUUAUUAUUAUAUUAUUAUAAUUAUUAUUAAUAUUAUUAUUAUAUUAUUAUUAUUAAAUUACAUUAAAUUAACUUCAGCUCUUUUGCAUGUCGCAUCGGAAAGAGCGAACUUCGGGUGAAGAAAUACUGCUACAGAACAAUGUAUAGGAGGAAAAGAAACAGCAAAUAAAUCAAAAUGCGCGCUAAAUCAUGGCAAAACCACCAAAACCUCACCAUCAAACUAAAGAACGAAAAGAUCCAAAAUAAAUUCUCAUCUCUGUUUCGAGUUGUGAUGUGCAAGUGGGGAUUGAUGGCAAUCGAAAACUAGAGUGAAAGCAAAAAAACACACACAUACAUAUAACCAUGGCAAUUAAGAAACGCACGAGCCCCCGAACGAAUCGACGAAGAGGGGAAAAAUCACAUCACUGAACGCAACCAAUUCAAGUCAUUGCAUAACAAAGAGAGCAAACAAACUCAGACACUUGGCACAAAGACGGUGUUGUUGGUGCUAUCGGUAUCCAAAAAAUGCUGGAUAAAUUAAUUUAUUUAUUGCACUCGGUUAUAUUCUGUUUUCCCUUUCGUUUCACAUUCGGUGUGGCGGUUGAGUGAAGCUUAGCUUCGUAAUUAACCUAUUACAACAUAUACCAACCUCAUAACCACCAAAAGCACCUUAAGCCGGAGGUGUGUAGCUUUUUUAAUAAUCCACGCGACAGGUAAAACGAUCUCACUAAUUAAAUGAAGCCCGAAAAUCCGUAUCAUUACUGCAACAUCCCCCCCAUCAUCACACAUUACUAGAAAGAGUAGAAAGGGAGAGAAAUGUCUAUGCGGCCAAGGUUUGUACUGUUAGGUUGAUGUGAAUCAUUCAAACAGUUUCCUGGCGGAUCAAAACCCCCUCGCCUACAAUAGAACCACAAUGUAGAAUACUUUUUCAAUCUAGUUUGAUUUUCGUUCUAUUUUCAAAGGACAGAUACACCAAAGAUUAAUAUGAAGACAAAGAGAAGAAUGAUUGCAAGGUGAAAGGCUAGAAUCGAAUAUGAAUGCAAAAACAACAGAGAGGAGGAUGUUCGUUCGAUGGGAAAAAAUAUUUAUUUUUGUUUAAACAACUUUGUUGCAAUCAGUAUCAGCAAACACAGUGUGGGCGCAUGUUUUGUAUACGCUAUAGAGCGUUUCUUAUGCGUUUUUUAUACUUCGAUCCUGGAUUUUUAUCUUGUUUCGGUUGUCCAACUAACUAAUAAUUGUGUGAUUGGGAAAAGCAAAUUCCACUUGACAUUAAAUAAAGUAAAAAUAAAACCCAUUUCCCGUUUACACCACUCCAUACCAAAAUGGCCUUCAAUGGAAAAGUAUACAUGAAGCAAACUUCCAUGUAACAAAACUAAUAAAAAAAAAUAAUGAAAAGUUAGUUGCAACACCAGCUAAAUUAAAAUUAGUACAAGCACAAAACAAAACACAACAAAAUCAAUCUACUCGCAAUCACACCAACAUUCAACUGCGCCUGAAAUUGAUCUCGUUCGAGCGAGAUUUUUAUUGGUAAAAAUAAAACGAUAGUAGAGGAUACACCUAUAAACGACGACCCCACAUACACACUCACACCACAGUGAGGGACUGAGGUGAGAAUUUUGUAAUUAGUCACAAAACAGAAUUCAAAGUAAGCAACAAGAACUUAUACCAAUGGAAAAUGGUGCAUAGAAGGCGUUUUUUUUUCAAGAAAAUAAUAAACAAAAGCAAAUUCAUUGUAAAACAUCA